UAGCCAAUGCGAGGCUAGCGCACCCUACAAAAUUGCCAUAAUGAUCAACCACACAUCAGCGGUGAGUGCGAUGAGUCUACAGCGAUCGGGUGAGUGCUGAUAACUGAUAACGAGGUAAACAAGAUCACAACAAUAGCUAGAAAAUCCUGCAUAUCUACUAAUUAUUAUAGUUUUGUGAAAUUCUUGAUAAUAUCAAUUAGUUGAGAAACAAUCUAGUGUCGAAAAGUGAAACAAUUACUUUGCCCAAAAUUCCCGAUAACUGGUAAGCUAAUUGUACCUUAGAGAUAGGAAUUGUAAUUGAAAAACCUUUCUAUGUAAAUUAGGUUGCCACCAGACAUAGCCACAACUUUUCCAAUCGUCAUCAUUCGUAGAUCAAAACCGAUCGCCCAGAGGUUUGUGAGGCAUAUUCGCCGAUUGAGAGGUUCCAAUCUCAUACCGGGAACGAAAGCAUAAAACGUAAGUCCUAUUAAAAAUGUUAUGUACAUGUAUAGCUAUACACACUAGACAGAUGCCAGAAUCCUACGGCUUACCAGGGGUUCUCAUAAACAAAACAUACGUAGCAUGCUAACUGAAAUGAAAUCAAAUACGCAAUAUUUGUAUAUAUGAAUUGAACAUCAGAUUUGUAAUUUAAAAUGUAUUCUAAUUGCUUUCGAUAGGAAAAUUAUAUUCUCCCUUCAACUACGGAUUGCGUGUUUAUUCAUUUCCGGAGCGGAGAAUAAUAAUUUCGGAAUAGCAGUUGGACCAAAGUCCAACAUAAUAUAAUUUUCGUUUUUGGACUAAUCGAGCGAGAUGCCUAGCCGCGGUGUAACCAAAUCGGGUGCGAAGAGUGAUAAGGGUGCGAGGCCGAAAGCAAGACCAGUGAGUGGCCAUAGUGCUGGUGGUGGUGGUAAUGGUGAUAUACCGGAAGUGAUGAUUAUGGAGGAUACAGUGGAAGAAUGUAUCACGUGCAAAACGUGCCAAGGACCGGAUACCGAGGACAUGGUGCAAUGUGACCGAUGUGAUGGGUGGUACCAUUUCUCAUGUGUAGGCGUUUCGGAAGAAGUUGCUGACAAGAGCUGGAGUUGCACUAACUGCGUUACCGCGAAUUGGAUCCAGCGAACUAAGACAGCUUUGGAAGAAAGUGCCAGGCACGGGGACGAGAACUACGAUCGAAAGUCUACGAGAAGCCAGCCAGUUGUAAACAUCGCAACAAGCACCCGCGUCAAUCCAGUGAUUCCUCCAACGUCGAUAUUCCAGAAGCCAACUUCAUCUGAGCAAGCUCCAGCCUACAGCGGUGGUGGCCAUACAGUUGUUCCGGAUGGAAUGGCUGAACAAGCCAAGUUUGAACAACAGAAGCAGCAGCCAUCAUUGCCAGCUGGCGGUAUCGAUACCAGAAAAGUAGCUCCAUUACAGGAAACAGAAAAAGCGCUGUCGGAGAUCUCCAUCUCUUCGUCGCAAAAGUCAGCAGUGCAGCGUGCAAAGUUGCAGUUGAUGCGACUGGAGGAAGAGCGACAGUUUCAGCAGCAGCAAGAAGAACGUCGAAGAGCCGCGGAAGAGCGAGCAGCACAGGAGCAUAGAGAGUAUUUGGAGAGGAAGUAUCGCCUGCUGGAAGAAGUCGUGAGCGAGAAGGGAAGUCGCAGCGAGGUUUCGAGUCGUGUCAACGAUUGGGUACAAGAGGCUAGCCAAGUACAUCGGACAGUCAUGUCAGAGGUGGAUGGUUCUAACGUGGGACAUGUUCAAGCUCCUAGAAGCGGCAUCGAACCGGCCCAAGCCAGCGGACAGUUCGAGCAACCUCGUAUUCGAUUCGAACCCAGUGCUAAAACGGGACCUUUCAAUACGCAGGUCGAUCAACGAUCCGGCAAUUGUCGUAAGAUUCAGCAGUCGCACAAUGAGUUUGCCAGUCACCUUAGACAGACAGAACGAGCGAGACCGAUGCAUUUUCCCGGCCAGCAAAUCGGAAUAUCUUCGAGAUGUCCUCAGCCAAGUUUUGUCGCAGAGCCUGCAACGUUCAAUGUCAACGGAAGAGCCAUAUCGCAACAACCUGCGAACUCGAUUCUUAGACCUCCUUUCAACUCUACUCCCUUCGAUGCGCAAGUAUCGGCUCCACCGGCGUGUUCUACUGGUUUCCACUCUAUGAACCCUCGGAACAGUGUAUGUGCUUCCCAGCAAGCAUCAAACCACGGAAUGUACGACGAUGAGUUCCAGCUUUCGCGCUCCCAAGUGGCAGCCAGACAAGCCGUUCCACGAGAUUUGCCAACGUUUGCCGGUAAUCCAGAAGAAUGGCCGAUAUUUCUGUCGAUGUACAACCGUACUACUACAAUGUGUGGCUUCACCGAGGAGGAGAACCUAGUUCGGCUGCAAAAGAGCCUAAAAGGCAAAGCCUAUGAAGCGGUGAAGAGUCGGCUGAUGUUCCCCGGAAACGUUUCAGGCGUUUUGUCGACACUGAAGAUGCUGUUCGGGCAACCUGAAGUCAUUAUUCAGUCCCUAAUUGAGAAAGUAAGCUCUCUACCGGCUAUUAGGGAAGACAAGUUGGAUACGCUGGUAGAUUUUGCCGUACAUGUGCAGAACUUCUGUGCCACCGUAGAUGCGUGUGGGCUACAGGAGUAUAUGUACAACGUCUCGUUGCUCCACCAGUUAGUUAGCAAGCUACCAUCAUCGCUCAAACUCAACUGGGCGCAGCAUCGUCUAACGGAACCCACGGCCAACCUGGCGACUUUCAGUAGCUGGAUCUACGCUUUGGCAGAAGCGGCAAGCAUCGUCACUUUCCCGCCGCCGGUGCAGUAUGAUAAACUCUCCCGAAAUGAGACUCACGGUUCCAAAAAGGGAAAUGUGUAUCUCAAUGCCCACUCUGAAGCCUCAGAGGAGAGUCAUAAUGCUUCGCCUGAAGAAUACGUGGAGCCUGUGCCAGCGAAACAUGUUUGUCCAAUCUGUAAGAGCACUUGCAAAUCCGUCGACAAGUGUGAGCGCUUCGCUGAGCUAUCCAGAGAAUCACGCUGGGCAGCCAUCAGGGAGUUUGGCCUGUGCAGAACCUGUCUGCGGAUGCACAAGGGAAAUUGCAACGCCAAGCCUUGCGGUAAAAAUGGAUGCACCUACCGGCAUCACGAGCUGCUGCAUAACGAUUCGAAGGAGAAGCGGAAUACCGCAGCCGCCGUCGCACCCAAAAACGAAAGUAAGCCGUCUGUUCCACCUUGCCCGAAUCCAUCUGGAUGCAACACACAUCAAGUAGCUGUCAGCUCAGCGCUGUUUCGCUACCUCCCUGUCGUUUUGUACGGAAAAACGGCCGUAAUAAACACGCACGCCUUCUUGGACGAGGGCUCCGAGCUUACCCUGCUUGAUCAAGAGCUGGCGGAUCUGCUAGAGCUGGAUGGUGCCGAACGACCGCUAUGCCUACGUUGGACAGGAGGAACGGAACGCUGUGAGCCGGAUUCCCGAGCAUACAAUCUUCAAAUCGCUGGAGCUAAAGAGAGAAGCAAGCGGUUCGACAUCAACGACGUACGAACGGUAAAGGAGCUGAAGCUACCAUCGCAAACAUUGGAUAUGAGCAAACUUUCCCAGGAGUACUCACAUCUCCGAGACCUGCCGAUCGACUCCUACCAAGAUGUACGGCCACGCAUACUGAUCGGAACCAAACACGCCCAUCUUGGCCUCGUGUUGAAAAGCCGAGAGGGAGAAUUCGGGCAGCCGAUAGCAGUUAAGUCACGGCUGGGCUGGACCAUCUGUGGAGGACAAGGCAGUAAUCGUGGAGCAAAUCUUCAUCACUAUAGCUUUCACAUCUGCCCGUGUAACAUCGAAGCAGACAAGGACCUACACCAAGCGAUGAAGGAUUACUUUUCCCUCGACAGCUUAGGAGUCAUCAAACCGGACAAAUUGCUGUUAUCUGGCGAAGAUGAACGGGCUCUCACACUACUACAGUCGCUUACGCACCGCCGGGGGGAUCGAUACGAAUCCGGCCUACUCUGGCGAUAUGACGAUACCCGUCUACCGGAUAGUCGAUCCAUGGCGCUUCAACGGUUCCAAUGCCUGAAGAAGCGGAUGGUUAAGGAACCAGAACUGCAAACAACCUUGCAGGGAAAAAUCGAAGAGUACUUAGCAAAAGGCUACAUCAGGAUGCUCAGCGAUGAGGAAGUCACCCAGAAAGUACCGCACCGGUGGUAUCUUCCAGUUUUCCCCGUAACCAAUCCGAACAAACCCGGAAAAAUACGGAUAGUGUGGGACGCAGCGGCAUGCGCCCACGGUACUUCGCUCAACUCGGCUCUUCUCAAAGGACCAGACCUACUUUGCUCCCUCUUCACAAUUCUUCUCCAGUUCCGAGAACGUCGCAUCGGGCUUACCGGCGAUAUACGUGAAAUGUUUCACCAAGUGCUGAUCCGUGCCGAAGACCAAUUCAGCCAGUGCUUCUACUGGAUGAAUGAACGAGGAGAAACCGAAGUAUACGCAAUGCAAGUUAUGACUUUUGGAGCGUGUUGUUCCCCCACCACUGCACAGUUCGUGAAGAACACCAAUGCCGACUGUUUCGCAUGCGAUUAUCCAGCAGCACACCAAGCCAUUACGAAGUCCCACUAUGUCGACGAUAUGCUGGUCAGCGUGGACACCGAGGAGCAAGCCAUCCAACUGGCUAAGGAUGUUAGGCACGUCCACCAACAAGGCGGAUUUGAGAUUCGUAACUGGAUCAGUAACUCGAGGAUGGUACUGGCGGCGCUGCAAGGAGUAAAUACCGACGAGAAAUGUCUCGACCUGUCUUCCGAAUUGGCCACAGAGAAGGUUUUAGGCAUGUGGUGGAAUACGACCGACGACGUGUUCACUUACAAAGUGGGAUGGAACCGAUACGAUCCGGCUUUGUUAGGAGGUGAACGCAGGCCAACGAAGCGGGAAGUUCUUCGCGUUCUAAUGACAAUCUUCGACCCGCUCGGUCUAAUUUCACACUUUCUGUCAUACCUUAAAAUUCUGCUACAGCAGAUCUGGCGAUCCGGCGUACAGUGGGAUGACGAAAUCGACGACGAAGCCUACGACAAAUGGCUUACUUGGUUGAAGGUGCUUCCACGCGUCGAACAUGUGGAGAUUCCCCGGUGCUACAACUCCGAAUACCUCACAAGCGAAGCCGAUGAAGUACAGCUGCACACGAUGGUAGACGCUAGCGAAAACGGCACGGCCGCCGUUUGUUACCUCCGUUUUGUCCACGAGGGAUCCGCCUCGUGUUCCAUAGUCGCAGCCAAAUGUCGAGUUGCUCCACUUAAGUUCACAUCGAUCCCACGACUAGAACUUGAAGCCGCGGUAGUUGGCGCCCGGCUGUCGAAUACCAUUCAAAAGGCGCUUAGCUUCAAGAUCCACCGAAAACUGUAUUGGUCGGAUUCCAGAGACGUCCUCUGCUGGAUCAACUCAGACCACCGGCGUUACAGCCAGUACGUGGGCCAUAGAAUUAGCGAAAUACUGGAAACAUCCGAAAUGGACGAAUGGCGAUGGGUUCCGGGCAAGCAAAAUCCUGCUGACGAUGCCACGAAGUGGAGUACGCUACCAGAAUUAACAUCCAAAGACAGGUGGUUUAAAGGUGCAGAUUUUCUCUGGCUCCCUGAAGAGGACUGGCCACAGCCUCGCAACCGGAAAGAUUCGACCGAAAACGAAUUACGUCCGUCGCUGCUAGUUCACCACGCUGCUUCCUCGAAACCAGUACUCCGCUCCGAAGACUUUUCAUCAUGGGAAAGACUACGCCGAGUAGUUGCAUACGUCCACCGAUUCGCCGAUAAUUGUCGUCACAGGUUCCGCAGAUUGCCGACGGCUACAGGACCACUUACGGCCAAGCAGCUACUGACGGCUGAACACUCUCUGAUUCGACUUUGUCAACAGGAAUGCUACGCUGACGAGAUAGCAACGCUGCAAAAUUCACAUCAACAUCCAGAGAAAACUACGAGCCUACCGAAAUCCAGCUCACUAUACCAGCUGACACCAUGGUUGGACUGCAAUGGGAUCAUGCGAAUGCGAGGGCGUAUCGCGGCGUGCCACUAUGCAACCGAGGAUGCAAAAUACCCCAUAAUACUUCCACAAAAGCAUCACACCACCAGCCUGAUCGUUGGAUAUUAUCACCGGAAACAUCAUCACCUUAACCACGAAACAGUGAUCAAUGAGAUCAGGCAGAAGUUUCGCAUUCCACACUUGCGCGCAUGUUACCAGCAAGUGCGCAAAGCUUGCCAAAUGUGCAAAAAUAACUUCGCAGCACCAAUGCCGCCCUACAUGGCUGACCUACCACCCGCCCGCCUUGAGGCCUUCUCCCGACCUUUCACCCACACCGGGAUUGACUACUUCGGUCCAAUCGAAGUCACCGUUGGAAGAAGAGUGGAGAAGCGAUGGGGAAUGCUGGCCACAUGUCUGACUGUCCGAGCAAUCCACAUAGAGGUUGUUAAUACCUUAAGCACGAGCUCCUGCAUCAUGGCUCUACGGAAUUUCAUGGCCCGUCGGGGAACCCCCCGCAAGAUCUACAGCGAUCGUGGUACAAACUUCGUUGGCGCCAACCGGGAGUUACUAGAAAUGCACGAAGUAAUAAAGCAGGACAACUUCAUGCAAGAGUUUAGUAAUGCAGGAAUAGAAUGGAUCUUUAACCCUCCUCUCGCCCCUCACAUGGGUGGCAGCUGGGAGCGGCUGAUCCGCACCGUUAAGAACAACUUGGUGAUGGUUUGUCCAUCGCCACGGCCAUCUGACGAAAUAUUGCGAAAUCUGCUGACUGAAGUCGAGAGUAUCGUGAAUUCGCGACCACUUACCCACGUGCCAAUAGAUGAAGACUCGGCUCCAGCACUAACGCCGAACCACUUCUUACUUGGAUCAUCCAACGGAUCGAAGCCUCUGACCAACCUCGAUGGAAGUAGUGCAGCACUAAGGCAGAACUGGCUAACGUCGCAGAUACUUGCCAAUCAAUACUGGAAACGCUGGGUGUCAGACUAUUUGCCAGAGAUAACCAGGAGAUCCAAGUGGUUUCAACGACAAAAUCCGAUUGCUGUCGGAGAUAUUGCGGUCAUUGCAGAUCCAAAGAUGCCACGCAACUGUUGGCCGAAAGGCAAGGUCAUUGGGGUCAAAAUCAGCUCUGAUGGACAGGUUCGGUCAGCAACAGUGAGGACAGCGAGCGGCGUCUAUGAACGUCCUGCGACGAAGUUGGCAAUUUUGGACGUCCGGUGCGACAAAAAUUAAGCCAACUACAGUUGGCU